AUGGAGAAUGUAUUAAAGGAUUUUGUGAAUUAUAUGGACAACAUAGAAUCACAUAUAGAUGCGUAUGCCACAAGCUGUGGGGAUGCAGGUUGGUGGCGUAGAGGAGACACGCAUAAGGGGACAAAAACUAAGGGACAUACGGUUGGAGACGUAAUGAAAUGCAGACUCAUGGUAGGUGCAUUAUAUUUUGUCACUGACUGGAGCAAUCAACUGCAAAAGGAUAACGACCCAUCGGAAAAUGAUACGGCCAUGAAGGCUAUUAUGAGGUGCAUGGUAGCAGAUGUUUUUGCGUAUAUAUUGGCUAACAUAAAUUGUGGUCACAUGUGGCUCGGGCCAGACCAGGCCUGGUACAUCAUGAAAGGAAUGGGAGGACCGGGUGGCUUCGUGAAUCCAAUUUCAAGUGGCAAGUGUGCGCUGGAUGCGUAUAAGGAUACAAGGGUAGGAACAGCGGAUUUACAGGGGGCGGUAAAAAACUGGUUACAGCAAAGUAAAAGAAUACGUAAUCGUAUGGAGGCAAUAGAGAAGAACCCACAUUGCAACAUAGGAUGGGAAAAAUACAAGAAAGACAUGGGCGAACAAGGAGAAGCUGAAGAUAGUUCCAGUAUAUUUCAGGAGCACCAUAUGCAGGAAUUAGUGAAAAAGCAGGUACAAGAACUGUUUACGAAAAUUAGGAACACAGUACAAAAGAAGGUGCACAGGGAACGAAAUACAACAGGGGGAUACCGAGAACUCCGGGAUAGUGAUGUUGACUCUGAGGACGAGGAAGACCCGCAGAGAACGACAGUUCCAACGGCGGAACCACCCAAUGCAACAGCGGGCGGCACAAAAACGAUAGUACCAGCAGCAGCAGGGGAACAAGAGGACAGCAAGAAGGACAAGAGCAACGAGGACAACAAAGGACAACCGGAAGCAGAGGAACCAAAGGACACAACAAAAGCAGAAGGUAAAACUACAACACCCUCCACACCUGACACAGUGCCAGUUGCAAGAUCAGAUGGAUCCGUUGAGGAACCACCACAACCACCUCCGGCACUGCCGCCCGCGCAACCCACAUCAGGUGCGGCCACGGGAGCCGCUGGACAAGCAGCAGCACCACAGUCACCACCGGCUGCAGCACCGGCAGCAGGAGACAGUAGUGGAAAAGAUCAAUCCUCGGGAGGCACCAGUACAGAUCAGGUUGCAGACAACAAAGGUAAGUGUACAAAGGGGCCUCAGGUAUUUAAGGAAACAAAUACAGGCAUGGGCAUCUCCGGUGCUACAUCAAGCAUCGUCCUUUCCUUCGCACCUACGUCGGAAAACGAUGAUGACUGUGACAAGAGGUCCAAGGACUCGAGCGAAGGAACUGAAGCAGGGGAAAACAAAGACACAACGGAUCAAAACCAAACAGCACAAGCACCAGCAGCGGCAGCACCCAAGGCAGAACCAACGCAAGAAGCAGCACACCAGCCAGCCCCAGGGCUAGGGCACACGGGUGCAUCUGGUUCCAAUGGUUCACCCGGUGACACAGGUCCCUCUGGUGCAGCUGGUCCUACUGGUCAAGGUUCUACUGGUACUGGCUCCGCGGGGAAUACGAAUCCAGGUUCCACUGGUGACCAACCCCCCGGUUCCUCCGGACCAGGUUCCACGGGUACUAGUACUACGGGUGCUACCUCCGGAGAAGGUUCAAAGGGCAACUUCGAACUAGAUAUAGCACUUCCAACAGGACGGGGUAACGUGGGUGGAUCAUAUGGAACAGGUCCCACACCAGGUCCAAAGGGGAACCCUCCGCAGACUGUGCAACACGAUGGCCCCUUCUUUCCCGACCUCACCGCCGACGUCCUGACCGCCACUACUCCCAUCCUGUUUUUUCUCGCUUCCGUCAUCGUGGCCCUUCUUGGUUAUUCCCUUUGGAAGUACUUUGCGCACCUCGGACAAAAACGACGACGAACAUAUCGAACCGUUCGUGACGUGCCGUCACCGCCACUCGACGAAGACAUAUUGGACCAUCUACAACGCGGCGACCUGCCGCCACCCGCUUACGGGUACACCAUGGUUACGCAACCUGCGUCAAUACCUGGUAGAAAACGCCCCCCACGCGUGCAUAAGCGCACCAUCAUCGAGCUACAUCUACAAGUGCUCCACGAAUGUGAAGCGACAAAUUGGGAAAACGUCAAAGACGACUAUUUGCACAUACUCGUUGAAGAGUUUAUGGCGGGCAACACCACGUGUACAAGUAGCUCGGAUGUCUGCACCCCAGACGACGGUUUCGCAACCCAGGACUCAACAACAAACGCCGAUUCACGCACGCGGGAUACACCCACCUAUUCCGACGAACCUGAUGCAUGUCCACGUAACGAAGAGGACCCCGAUCCAUGGAGUUGUAUGGAAACCAUACAGUUAGAUGCAGAACAGCGUCGUGCUCAUUCCAACCCCGAGCACGCGACUUCGGACUGCAUCCAUUGGAUUAACUGGAUUGACCGCAACACGCAUCUAUUGCAGGCGUGCAUGACGCAGCCGUGGUUUUUGCAAUUAAAAGCGGAUUGGCAACAAUACCUGCGUGAGCACAUUGCGGCAAACGCAGCAUCUGGUGUGAACACGACAGCCGCAACCCUGGAAAGCAAGAAGCACGCAUGGAAAGAAUGGGUUGCAAAACAACAUCGGCAAAUGCGUAUGUAUAAGGAGGAGUGGUUCCAACAUUUGUUGAAUAAUGUAGAGCAGGAGACAGAAUCGCAAAACGGCCAAGCACCUAUAGUGGAACACAACUUAGAAGUGGAAAAAGUAAUGGGCACAGAACAUAUGCUAAGAGUGAGAAAUUCGCCAGGCAGCCAACCACUCCAUGAGCAAUACUACAACAAGAACAAAUUAAGCUCUAAAUUGUGGAUGCUACUCCUCGCAUCCGUAAUCGAAGAGUGCGAGGUCGAAUGUCGUUUGCACGAAACGGAGUUAUAUGUGGAUGAUCUAUUGGAGCAACUGUGA